ACCACUGCAAUUCUUAGUACUGAAAAACUUUAAAAUUUCUUUUACCCAUUUUUUGGUGGAUAAAUGUUUGAUAAAGAUACAGGUCGAAUUUAAAAAUGUAAUAUUUUAAGGACAGCCCUUUUUCUUUCUUUUCGUACUCUAAGGCUUAUUCUAUCAUAAUAUUUAAGUGUGGCAUGGCUUUUAACAGAUAGAUCUAACCAUUGCAGCUUAGAAAUGUACGGCCAAUAUAAAGAAGGCAUAGAAACUUAUGCAAAAGUAGAAGCAAGGAGAUGGAAAAAUUUAGAAAGAUUAAGAAAGAAUGAAGAAGCGAUUAGAAAGAAGCAACUGAAAACUUACCGCAGUGCUUGGGAAAGGCGAUUUGCAGGCUACUUUACAGCAUUCUGGCAAUACACAUUUGCAAAGUUAGGGGAAGACUGGGUAUUCCUUGCUGUAUUAGGAAUACUGACAUCAUUAAUAAGUUUUAGCAUGGAUUACGCAGUUGCCAUAUGCUUAAGAACUCGCAUCUGGUUAUAUCGUGAUUUAGCCAGGCAUCCGCUUUUGCAAUAUUUAUCUUGGAUAGCUUUCCCUUUGACACUGAUUCUAUUUUCAGCUGGUUUUGUACAUAUGAUAGCACCACAAGCAAUAGGUUCAGGCAUUCCUGAAAUGAAAACUAUUUUAAGAGGUGUAGUUCUGAAGGAAUAUCUCAGCUUCAGAACAUUAGUCUCGAAAGUGAUUGGGUUAACAUGCUCAUUAGGUAGUGGGCUACCUAUUGGCAAAGAGGGGCCUUUUGUGCACAUAUCGAGCAUGGUUGCUACACUUCUUAGCAAGUUAGUUACUUCUUUCAAAGGAAUAUAUGAAAAUGAAUCCAGAACAAGUGAAAUGCUUGCAGCUGCUUGUGCUGUUGGUGUGGCUUGCAGUUUUGCUGCUCCGAUUGGAGGUAUUUUGUUUAGCAUCGAAGUAACGUCAGUGUUUUUUGCUGUGCGCAACUAUUGGCGUGGAUUCUUCGCUGCUUGUUGCGGGGCUGUGGUAUAUAGACUUCUUGCCGUAUGGUUUGAAGAUGAAGACACUAUUACUGCUCUGUUCAGGACAAAAUUUUCUUUGGAUUUUCCGUUUGAUCCUCAAGAGCUCUUAGCAUUUGCUUUGAUUGGAGCAGUUUGUGGAUUUGCAGGUGCUCUCUUUGUAUGGCUCCAUCGGCAAAUAGUGUAUUUUAAUCGGCGACAUAAGACUCUAAAUGCCUUCCUACAAAGAAAUCGUUUUAUGUACCCUGCCAUCGUUACCAUAAUCAUUUCUAGUCUCACGUUUCCUUUGGGCUUAGGACAAUUUAUGGCUGCUGAGCUUACCAAUCACGAAGUUAUGAAGGAGCUGUUUAGUAAUAUCACUUGGUCGAGCUCUCAACUUGAAGUAGAUGAUGCAAUUAUUGUUAGCCACUGGACUACUCUUUACACAAAUAUAUACAUCAACCUUACUCUUUUCAUUAUUAUUAACUUUAUCACAACAACGGUUUGUGCAACUCUGCCAGUACCAGCUGGUGUUUUUAUUCCCAUUUUCCGGAUUGGUGCUGCCUUUGGACGUUUAGUUGGAGAAUGUAUGGCUGCAUGGUUUCCUGACGGGAUACGUAUGGGUGAUAAUAUAUUCAAGAUAUUACCAGGAGGUUACGCUGUUGUUGGAGCUGCAGCUUUAUCGGGAAGUGCAACUCAUACUGUUUCUACCUCAGUUAUCGUAUUUGAGUUAACAGGCCAAAUGUCACAUAUGCUACCGGUGAUCAUUGCAGUGCUAAUUGCCAAUGCUAUUGCUCAGUUUCUCCAGCCAUCUAUUUAUGAUAGCAUAAUACAAAUUAAAAAACUCCCGUACCUGCCUUCUAUUAUUACUACGUCAUCUCAGGCUUAUAAUAUUUAUGUAGAGGAUAUAAUGGUACGUGAAAUUGUAUAUAUAUCAGAAGGUGCUACAUACAGAGAAAUUAAAACAAUUAUAAAAGGCAAUAAACGACUGCACUCAUUUCCGUUAGUGGAGUCUUCAGACUCCAUGAUAUUACUUGGCUCUGUUCAAAGAAUGGAACUUAUGCGUUUGUUGGAGAGGCACUUGGGUCGAGAACGCAGAUUGGAAGAAGUUGCCAGAAGGCAAUCUGUAGAUGAAGGAACUUAUAAAGCAGUACAAGAACAAGAAAGAAAGAUGUCCAGAUUUGAAGUUGUUCCUGUUUCUGGGCUUGAAAAAUAUUCAGCAAGAAAUUCUCCACCACCAUCUCCUCCAAUGACUCCAACAUCUCCUAAAAAGUCUAUUUUGAAGCACUCUCCAAUGCAUUCUCCAUACUCGACUAUAACUUCGAGUAUUGCACACGAUUCCAGAUUACGAGCAGCUUUUGAAGCAAUAUUUCGAAAAGCGUUGACUUUACAAGAUGCAAAUCCAAGUGAGAAGUCAGAUAGCGGACCUCCUACUCCAAAUAUCCAAAAAAGAGUGCAAUUGCCUAAAGAAAGAGUCAUAGACAUGUCACAAGAAGAGCAACUAGCCUGGGAGGAGGAGCAGCUAAAUAUUCCUGUAGAUUUUAGCAAAUGCCAUAUCGAUCCCGCUCCCUUUCAGCUAGUUGAAAGAACUUCACUAAUGAAGGUGCACUCUUUAUUCUCUAUGCUUGGACUGAAUCAUGCAUACGUGACUGCUAUUGGACGACUGGUUGGAGUAGUGGCUUUGAAAGAGCUAAGGAAAGCUAUUGAGAAUAUGCAAGGAGGAAAUUCUGUGAGGAAUGCACCUCCACCAUUUGAAACUGUUCGAAUUUUUAAUAAUUCAUAUGGAAAUUCAGAUUAUCCUUCUGAACCGCCAUCAGAAGCUCCAUCUGAAACUGAAACAGCCUCAGAAUGUGAAGAAGUUCCGGCACGCAACAGGUUUGUUUCUAUCGUCAGAAAUAUCCAAAGGACUAAUCCAACAUCGCCUGUUUGAUUUGCUUAAGUCAACCGUCUCUGUUACCUUCUACAUGGCAAUACAAAGCAAAGGAAUAUGACUUGAUACUUUUCAUCAUGUUAAAUAGUCUUUCAGAAAUUUUUCACAGGGUUUGUUGAAAUUUCGGGAAGAAAAAUCAUUUUUUUUUCAUAAUAUUUGUAUUAUUAUCAUUAAUAUUUCAAAAUAUUAUAUAUACGAAGUUGUUACUAGUCUAAUACAAUUUUACUCUUCCAAGAACAUUUGUUAAUGCAAAUUCUAAAAAUGAAGAGGCAUUACCAUCACAAAUAUGUGUAUAAAAUAUUGUUAGCUAAUGCUAUCACAAUCAGUCUCAAUAUGUUGUGACAGCAUUAGCCAAUAAUCUUUUAGGCUGGGUGUUACAUUUCAGGUACGAUUCCAACAUUUUGCACAUUUUAAAAUUAUUAUCUAAUCUGUUUGUCCUAAUUAUGAUUGUAAAUUUAUCCAUUUAAUAAUAUAUAAAAAUCAGUUGUGAAGUUUACAGAAUUAAUAGCACUAAAUGAUAAAAUUCAUUAGCUAAAAUAAUUAAUUUCGAGUUUUAUUGUAAGAAAUGUGGCUACAAUAAAAUAAUGCAGCAGCAUGAUGCAGGUUAAAUAUCCAUGGAAACUCAUUUUUCCACUCUAAAAGUCAGAGCAUAUUCAAAUACAAACAAUUUCAAUAUAAACCUGACUUGAAUUUCUGAAAGGUCAGUUUCAUAUAUUUAAUCUUAAACAAUAAAAUAUAACUCAAAAUAUUAGUUUAAGUAGUUCAUAUAAAAUAUCAGUGCAUAUUUUUGCUAAUUCUACUUUUCUAUGUGCACUAAAUAUAGCAAGGAAGGUUAAAAAAUUGCAACAGAAGAUAUCAGAAUGAAAAAGUAACUUGCAUCUGAUCUUCUAACUUACAUAUUUGUUUCCAGAACUCAGAAAUAUUUUCCUGUGCAUGGUAUGUUAUACAGAGUAAUCUGUGACAGUAGUCUGUUAAGAUUUCAAAAAAUUGCAAAAAUAAAAAAAAUAAGUAUGCGGAAAUGAGAUUUGAACGAAAAUGAUCGCAUUAAUAUAUAAUUUUGGCAGAAGAUAAAUAUUAACUUUAACGUUCCACUGUUAGAAGACACUGGCCCAUAACUAUAGGAACAUUCAUAAAUAAGAUAACACUAAAAACCAUAGUUCAGUAGGCUUUUCUGAUAACUGAUACCUUGAACAACUAAUCAAAAUAGUAUCAAAAGCCUUUAGUAGCCUAAGAACUUAUUUCUGUUAGUAUAUACCCUGAACAACAAUAAAUAAUCACAUAAGUAAUCGAUUUCAUGGAAAAAGAAUACGGUAAAAGUUUGAUAAUUCGACAAGGUUGGGUGUUCGAUAAUGCCAAAAUAUUAAAUACGUGUAAACUACGGGAUGUGCAUAAUUUAUUAUUCUGAAUCAUUUUGCACAUUAUUCUGUAGAUAUUUUGGAAUCUACAGCAUUGCUGUUGCGUGAAGACCUUUCAGACUUUGAAUGCCCACCUUCUUGUUCAGUAAAGAUAUUGAAUAAAGAUAUGGAAGAGAAUACGAAGAUUAUUUAUUUCUUCAUUGUUUGGGAUUAUUAUGUUCUGUAAAUUUCACUAAUGUCUUUAAUGGUUUAACAACUUUAAGCCAAGUAAUGUUAGUUAAAUUUUCUUUGCUUGACACCAGUAGGGUUUUCCACAAUUGUUCAUAUUUGGUUUCUGAAUCCGUUCAGCAAACUUCAUUUUCAAAUGGUGUGACUAGAGAAUUGUUUGAAAGAACAAUUUAGAUUGAAUUCAGUAGUUCAGAAUGAUAAAUUACAAGAUUAUCAAUACUUUUGCUUUUUUCAACACAAUCUUGUUGCAUAAUAUUCAGUCAUAAUUACGCCACCAUCAGUAUUCAGUUACCAUAAGUUACUUCCGAAUGAUAUGCUUGUAACAUGAUUAGGUAACGUUCCUAUCGGAUAUAUGUGUGCCGAAUGGUCGAAUAUGCCAAACGAUUGGACUCCAAAUUAUCGGACUUUCACUAUAAAUCAUUUACAAUGGUAUUCUGAUAGCAGUUGUUCUUCUCAGAUACAGCAGAGUAUAUGCAGUUCGAAAAUAUAGGUUCAAAAGUCCGCAAAGAUUAAAUAAAAUUAGAAAAAUUGACAUAUGGAGGAAAUUCAUUAAAAGUUUGAAUAUUUAUCCCAUUGUCCAAAAUUAUCCUCCUAUAUAAGACUCAUUCGCUUGCAAACCAUCUUUUACAAACCGAUUUUCCUCCAUAUGUCCAUUUUUCUAAUUUUAUCUAAUCUUUGAGGACUUUUGAUCCCAUAUUUUUGAAUUGCAUAUACUCAUCAUAAAUUUAUUACUGAGAAUUAUAUAACUAUUUUCAGCUCAUAGGGAAUUUUGUUACAUGAUUGUUUUAUGAAAAUAGGUAUCGGAAAUUUUAACUAUACAGCUUGUCUGAUUAAAAAUAUAUUUUAGUUUAAUGUGAAAAAAUGUUUUACGAAUUGAAACGUGGUCUAAGAAAACACAGAACUGAGGUAAAAAAUUUUCUUCACAAUAGUUUUAACCAGCUUUGCGGUCAAUAUUUUAUAUUAAAAAUAUAUUUGUGUCAUAUUUUUCAUAAUUUUCUUGUAUGCAGUUGUAUAUUUUAUAUACUGGUGGCUUACUUAAAACUUUUGACGGGAACCUAUGACUCAGAAUUUUUAAAACCAUUGUUUCUCAAUAUAAGCAUGAGCAUUUAUUUCUCCUGAAACUGAUGUAAUAUGUAUUUUGUGUUUGUGUUGAUAGGUUCUGGUAGAAUUUUCAAUAAACUAAAUAUAAACGAUUAAU